CACAAGCCCCAGCAGCUGCACCACGCUCAACCGCCCUUCCCUCUCUUUCUCCUCCGCUCGUCUUUGUGCACGCAUCGUCGUCAGAAGGCCAGCCAAAUGCUGUGAAAGCGUCGACAGUCCACUCGCUCCGCAAAGCCCAUUAUUCCACCCGGAGUCGUCGCUCCAAUUCGCUCUUUGGAAUCGCUAUUGACCACGCGCGCGCCGGCCGACACAUUCUUUACCACAACACGCUGCGCGCCAGCCAGCCAUCUGCCCCAGAUCUCGCCGAUAACACACGCAGCCGCCACGAGACGUGCGUUGUGGCCCAAACGCUGCGAUCGUCAACAGGAAUCACGACCGCUCGACCUCGAACAAAGAGGCAUUGACCGUGGCUUCGCCGGGACGAGAAAAGACGACCAGGCCCUCACCACUUGGCUGACCCACAGCCCACCACCGGACCGACGCGACCAGGCACACCAAUCAGUGGCAGCGUUGCUCAGUUAUGAAACUCUCCAUCGCGCUGCUCAGUGCAGCUGUCGCAUUGUCGACUGCACAGCCUGCGCAUCAACACCACGGACACCAUCAGCACCUGCACAAGGAGAAGCGCAACCCUGUCGCGCAUCCGGAAGCCGAUUAUGUGACCGUGCCAGGGCCCACGAAGGUCCUCUAUGUGCUGAAUGGACAACCAAUCGAGGAGGAUGAAGUCCAGGAAGGCAUUAGGAAUGGCACAUUGGUUUUCUCUGAGGGCGGGCUCACCAAUGCCGCGCCCCCAGCCUAUGCGCCGGCCCCAUUGUCAAGCGCACCACCGCCACCUCCUCCAGCUCCGAAGCCCACCGAACAGGCAAAACCAGAGCCAAAACCAGAGCCAAAACCAGAACCAAAACCAGAGCCUGCACCAGCCCCACCCAGCUAUGGAGGCGGAAGCAGUGGCGUCGAUGCCGAGUUUCCGGAUGGCAAGUUGUCUUGCGACACCUUCCCAUCGGACUAUGGCGCUGUACCUGUGGAAUGGGUUGGAUUGGGAGGUUGGACCGGAGUGCAAUGCCCGGGCUCAGGUUCGUCUGGUUCCGGUAUUGACAACAUCAGGACGGUCACCUCCGGCGGCAACUGCGAAGAGGGCGCCUACUGCUCAUAUGCUUGCCCAGCUGGAUACCAAAAGUCUCAAUGGCCUACUACUCAAGGUGCCACAGGUCAAUCCGUUGGCGGAAUUCUGUGCAAGGAUGGCAAACUCCACUUGACGAACCCAGGCAUGUCCAAUAAGCUGUGCAUGAAAGGCUCGGACAAGGUGCAGAUUCUCGUCAAGAACAAACUCGAUAAGAACGUGGCUGUGUGCCGUACGGACUACCCGGGUACGGAGAGUGAGACAGUCCCUGUUGACGUUCAACCGGGCCAGACUUCAAACCUCACCUGUCCGGAGGCCGACAAUUACUACACAUGGCAAGGUGGAAAGACCUCGGCGCAAUACUACGUCAACCCGGCAGGAGUGGCUGUGAAGGACGCGUGCCAAUGGGGCACGCCAGAUAAGCCAUGGGGAAACUACGCCCCAAUGAAUCUCGGGGUUGGUUACAGCAAUGGAGCUGCUUGGCUGUCCAUCUUCCAGAACGCACCAACCACAGACGCCAAACUCGAAUUCUGUGUCGAAAUCGUCGGCGAUGGCAUCAGCGGCAGCUGCAAAUACGAGAACGGGCAGUACUGCUCAGGCACAUCUUGCAGCUCAACUACUGGAUGCACGGUCUCUUUAAGUUCGGGCACGGCGACCUACGUCUUCUCCUAGUUGUGAAGUCGUGGUCCUGACAGCAGCUAGGCCAUGGCCGCUCGCCGAUUCGAACGACCACGCGGAAUUUUUUUUGGCACAUGCUUCGUUCACGAAUUUCAUUUACGAUCAAGAUGAGUAGACGAGGUCUUCAACGAACUGCGCAACGCCUCGUCCCAUGCUUUGCGCUUCACGAGCAUGGCAAUUGGUCGGCAUCGUGCUUCGUCCCCUCAGGCUGCUGGUUCGGUGCUGAGCGCUGCACGGUUCAUCUACUUUUCGAACGAAACAUGCUUUUAACACGCUUGAUCUCGUGUGGGCGAGUGGCAUUGAAGUGCGCUGGUUGCCAUCAGCCGCCAAUGGCCGCAGUGGAGAGUACAUGUGAACUGCUUGAGUUGCUGCGACAAGAACUGAGGGCUGAUGUGAUGAGACUUGCCGCAAUGGUCUCGCGAAUUUCGACCGGUUUGUGUACAUAAUGUCUUUGUUAAUUCUCGUAGCGCGCCUCUCCGUUGAAAUGAAGUUCUCGUUCUCUGCA